AUGAGGUUUGAUAUUACUGUCUUUUUGCUUGUAUGCUUCCCACUAGUAAUAUUUGGACAGCUUUUAAGUCCAAUUCAAACUAUCGCUGAUGAUCAUGAGGACAACAUAACAAGUUGUGGAAAAUUUUUAUUGAAUAUUGUACAAAGAAACUCUCAACAAGGACCAGAUAUAUCUGCAAUGUGUGAUUUCUUUAGAAUAAAAGUUUUAACACCUGAUACAAAUGCGAGAGAACUACAUUGCUCAAUAAUAGGUUCCAGUAUUAUUAAUUGUGACUUAAGGAAUUUCAUUGGAGAUACCAACUUACUUCGUAAAUUUUUUACAGAAUCAGAUACAUCAAUAUCAACUAUUUACUAUAUUUUGGGUAUACUACAGAAAUUACCAAAUGAGAUAGCAGUAAUACUUGGUAAAGAAGAUAUUAUCGAAGAUUCAACAGACAUUUUAAAUAAUAUACUUAAAGGAUAUAAAAAGUACACUGAUAAUUUGGAUUCAACAUCAAAUAAUAACUAUUUUAGAAUGGAUAAGAUGGCGUAUGCAUUUGCUGUAGCUGAUCAACUUUUAUCUUAUGACGUUAGAAAUUCUUUAUAUGUAAAAAUUUUUGUAAAGUAUUUGGAAGGGGAUAUAUUACACUCAAUAGAUAACUUUGAAGAUUAUAUUAUCAGCACUUCACUCUUCUUAAGAUCUUAUUUUUCGCUUGUAACAUAUCCAAAAGAACCGAUGGAUAUUCCUUUACCUAUUAAUACAAUGAUUUAUAAUCUUGGAAUUAUUGGAAUACAAAAUAUUAAUAAUAACUUAGUUUCGUCUGAAUUACUAUUAACUACACAUAUAUUGUCUAGAAAGGGGAUUUUUUAUAUUCAAGGAUUUCUCCAUAAUAAGAACUUACAUUUUAUGUUUUGUUUAAUAAAUGGAGAACCUAUGAAGGAUUUACAUAUAUCUAUAGUUGGUGCUAAAUCAGAAGUUGUAAGGAAGGAAAAUACAUGUGAAUAUGAACUCCAAAUAAGUAAUGAAGAUGAAAGGGAUAUAAUUAUUGAAAAGAUAUUCAAUAAGGAAAUAAAGAUAGAGGUGUCUUCUAAACUACUGAAACUUCAACAAUUGUCAAUACCUAUUGUUAAUUAUAAUAAAUCAAACUUUGAUAAUAUUAAAAUUUCGAAGAUUCAAGUGUCAACAAGUAACUUUAUUAAUAUAUCAAAAUCCAAUUUGGAUAUUGAAUAUAUGAAGAAUGACUCAUUAAGACCAUAUUCAUUCAUUAUUAAGGCUUUAUUGAGUUCAGAUAUAAAGAUGGAAGCCUUAUUAAUGUAUCAACAUCUUAUGGCAAUUAAGAUAAAGGCUCUAGAACCAAUAAAAAUAGGAACACCAAAUACAAAGAUCUAUCCAAUGAUCUUCACAAAUAAAUAUCAAACAAUUGUUGACUUAAGUAAAGAUCACUUUUUAUGUACAUCUAGAAAUUUCCAGGUAUCAUUAGUUUAUGGUUCAUUAUCUUCGGAAAUAGGGAAAACUUUAAGUGAAUCAAAGUUUAAAUAUCUAUUUAAUUUGGAUAUUGAAGAUAGCUCUAAUACUGAACUUUUAAAUAAGCAUUGUAACUUUUCAAUACAUCCUGAAAUGAUUGACUUGUAUACUAAACCAGAGAUAAAGUAUGACUUUAGUGAACCAAAAAAACUUCCAGGUAUACUGUUACCAUUAAUUACAAGUUUUUCAAUGGUAUUAUUUGCUGUAUUCUUUCUAUUCUCUAAAUGGAAAAGACUUAUUAAGGAAUUGAAUAUAGAGAAUAAAUUGACUUCAAGGUUUAAUUUUACAGCAAUUUUGAGUAUUGUUCUCCUUGUAUUAUCAAUACUUAUUGUAGUACUUUAUUGGCUUUCUUUGGACAUAUUCCAAUUCAGUUAUACUUUUAUUCCUUCAAUUGUAUCACUUCUUGUUUUGUUUAAGAUAUCAUUGAAUAAUUCAGACUUCAUGGCUUUAUAA